AUGAUUAACACUGAAAACUCAAAGAAAGACCAUUCAGGGAGUCGGGGAGAUAUUCUGAGGGAUAGUGCUGGUGAUCAUGUUGUUGCUGCUAAGGGAGGUGGUCCUCCCAUCUCUGUAACAGCUCAUGAAUUACAAGGGGUUGAAAUGGGUCUAACCCUUGAAAGAACAAGGGGUUUUAAAAAGGUUCACUUUGCCAUUGAUUCAAUGGUGGUCUAUUAUAUUUUGAUAAAUAAGGAGGAAAAACCACCUUGGCAGCUACUUCAAAUUUGGCGCAGAGUUAAUUUACUUAGAGAAUUCUUCGAUGUCUUAAAGAUAUCUCAUGUUUAUCGCGAGACUAAUAGAGAUGCUAAUCUUUUAGCGAGUCAUCAUCCUCCUAUCAAAUGGAUGGAUGUGAGAACUGAGGAUUUCUCUGCAGAGCUUCAUCAGAUUAUAAAGGAGGAUACAGAUGGGACACAAUAUAGACGUAGUUAUAGCUUUCUUUCUGUUUUGUUGUAG